AUGUCUGUCACAGUAACCGAAAGUGUAAGAUCGGAAGUCCUUCCAGCUAAAGACCAACACAAAUACGACUUCAACCAGCUUACACCUUAUACACAUCCACCUGAAACCCAGGAAUCCCUUCCAUGGGCUGAGCUUGUCACCCUUGACCUUGAGGAUUACAAUCGCCCAGGAGGGAAAGAGCGAUUGGCAAAGCAGCUUGAGCAUGCGGUCCACCAUGUCGGAUUUUUCUACGUCAAGAACUUUGGACUUUCUCAGGAGCAGAUAGACCAACAGUUUACACUAGCGAAGAACUUCUUUGAUUUGGACACCGAAGAGAAGGCCAAAUACGAGAUCGACUAUGCGAACGCGGAUUACAAUGGCUGGCGUCGCCCGGGCCGUGGAAAGAUCGGUCCCGUAAAAGACAAUGUUGAAAUCUUCAAUAUUCCCAAGUUCACCAAAGAUUUCGAGGGUAAGUAUAGACAGCCGGAUCUAAUAAAGGCACAUCUACCCGAGAUAGAGGUAUUUUCCCGCGCACUCCACAAUAACGUUGUCCUUCCACUAUUGCGACUUUUUGCCAUUGUCUUGCAAUUGCCCGACGAGGAAUAUCUCGUUAAACAGCAUUCCUACGAGCAGAAAAGCGAGGACCAUUUUCGGUACAUGAUUUAUCACAAGCGUACAGCCGAGGAACACGCUGCAAGCGGUUAUGGCCAGUCUACAGGGCAUACCGAUCUCGGGACAGUGACUCUCUUGUUUCGGCAGCCAGUUGCAGGACUACAAAUUUUAGGAGAUGAUGGAAAUUGGACGUAUGUGUCGGCGCAACCAGGAACAAUAACAGUGAACCUCGCCGAUACGAUUUCUCACCUGACAGGUGGUUGGCUAAAGAGCUCCGUUCAUAGAGUAGUGGCACCACCAAAGGAUCAAUGGCAGUAUGACCGCACGGGACUACUCUAUUUUGCUCGUCCGCAUAACGCUACGAUAUUGAACCCCAUCUUGGACUCGCCCUUGUUGAAGGAAGCGGGUGUAAAGCCUCGGUUCGAGAAGCCUGUCUCUAUGGAGGAAUGGGUCAAAGCAAAGCAGACGUUGCAGUUAAAUCCUGAGAUCUCAGCUAAAAGAUUCGCGGAGUCUGCUGAUGGAACUGUAGAUGUCAUUGGAGGCUUUAGAGACCGGAAGUAUAAAUGA